AUGAUUAUUCGUUCUGCAGGUUUGUCCAGUGAAGCGCAUAUCACUUCGACACAUCAGGAAAGAGAUGGAAUGGUCAGUAACGAACCUCAGAGGACGACUUCGACCCCCGAGCCAGUCGCUGAUAAAAAUGAGAAGAUUGAAUUCGAGUCACCCGCUAUACGGAAUACUGAGAAAUCAAUAGCAGCUAGUGGCAGUGGCAUCGCGGAUCAAUCAGAGUUGCCAGAGAAACAAACUUGCGAAAAACAAGUACCACUUUUGGGAGAAAGCGAAGUGACAAAUAACGAUACGGGAAAUGUUUCAAGGCCUACUCUCGCCAUCCAAAGCGGUAAAUUAUAA